GACACGCUGAGCCGAAAGCGGAAGAUUCUUCGCGCAGCCGAAAGCCAUGUCGUGGCCAACUGCCUUUUGUGGGGCCACGGGUGAGCAGGAGCUGGUCGAUGAGAUCGCUGCUACACUUCAAAAGAGAGGAGCGUUGGAAAUUCAAGUCCUUUCCAAGCAGUUCGCUGAGCGUUUCAACCGAGUGGUGCGGUUGAGUCCUUGGUCACCAUAUGCCGAAAACCGGCGGAAUGAUGGAAGCUUCAAGAAAUGGUUGAAAGAUUGUGGUUUCGAUGUUGGACAAAUGAUCAACGGCAACCAGGCAUGGGUCUAUGCUCCAGAGACCUGGGACUCCGGCGCCUGGGAGGAGGACUGGCAUAGCACUGCCCACAAUGCAGCCAUUGUGGAGCUUUCCAGCUGGGGCAUUGGAGAUGCUGGCAUAGUGGAUAUUUUCAAGCAAGAGACUUGCAAUGUGAUGUACAAUCCUGGAAUUCGCAACAGCGAGACAGUACACCUUCGCCGAGUAAAUUUGCAAGAAAAUCGUCUCAGUGAUGCUGGAGUGGAGGAACUUGUCGAGUGCUUUCUGCAGCUCCGACUGAGGAUGGAUGUCUUGAAGCUCUACAAAAACCCAGGCAUCAGCAACCGUGGAGCUUGCAAACUUGCGAAGCUCUAUGGGAUGGACUGUCGGCCACCUCCAAAGGAACUGCAUUUGUCCGACUGUUCUGUGCACGAGCAAGGGGCCAGCGAGCUGCUGGUCGCAAUCGCCCACCGAUGGAGAAAUUCGGAUCUUUGGUCAAAGGCUGCCAGGCCUGCCUAUGUUCGUCUAGACAACAAUCCAUUCAGUCUAGACCAAGUCCAAGACUACUUGUACUCCUUGAACUUCUACCUGAAACAGGUGUACGACCCACGACGUCAGCAUGAUGGAUGCGAGGUUUAUGAGCUCGCCGGAGGGCCUUCCUUGAUCACGCUCCCAUUCGUGAGCUUCAGUUCGGCCAGCCGCUACAGUCACAGCGGUCACAGGCAACAAGCCUGGGAACCAGAGACGCCGGAUCAGGAGGGGUCGUACCCGAAGACGCAGCCCGGCGAGACGACAGGGCUGAGCGUCUUUCAGGAGAACCUGGCCAAUCCUCCACCUGAUGUGGAGGGACUGCCUAUCCAGCGCGGAUGUACCGUGCAGUAUCACGAUGACCCCAACUGGAUUGGCGUCGUGGUUGGCUUUGACUACAAGGGUACCGCUGUCGUGGCCUGGCAUCAUGGAGCCAAAAAGGGCACCCGGACGACUGCCGGCAGCAAGUACUUGAGAAUCGUGACGCCAGUAGAUGCUGGCGCGGCAAGUUCACAGGAAGCUGUCCUGCCAAAGGAGCAGGAGGCAAAACCUUCCUGGGAGACAUUGCAAGCGAGGCUUUUUGCUGAGCCUCCUUCAGCUGCACCUUAUAGACAUGGUGAGCAAAGGACUGAGUGCAGCCCUGUGAGUACAGAAACAUGGCAGGCAUGGCCGAAGGAAUUGAAUGCCCGUGAGAUGCCCAUUCCCGAGAGGCGACCAGAGCCUGCAGGUGAUUCGCUACCGGUAUCACAACCACAGGAGCCGCGGGAUUGCGGUGGUUUACCCUUGCGGAAAGAUCAAAGGGUGCAGUACCACGAUGAUCCGAACUGGGUGGGUGUUGUCGUGGGCUUCUCCUCCAAGGAUAGCUUGACCGUCGUAGAGUGGCUCAGUGGCGGCAAAGCAGGCAAAAGGACCUUCGCCAGUGGCAGGUAUCUGCGAAUUGUCUCGCGUGAGGCAGACGAGGCACCACAGCGUUGGGUCGAGGAUGUCAUUGGCGUCAUUGGGCGUUCCGAAGAUGCCAGGCAACCUGCGGUGGCUGCGUGGCAUGGCCUUUCUGGUCUUUGAACCCAGGACAUGGGCCACUGCAAUUUUCCUGCAAGCUGUCCAGCCCCUUCGUGGAGGACACGACCGAGACGCUUUCUUGACCGGCGGCGGUCCCUCCAUGGCCUUCAGCCCGGCAAUGGAGAAGAAAGAAACCAACGGGCCACAUUGGUUGUCCAACAUGCUCACUUUGCUUGUUCUAUAUCGCCUGAUGUUUUCACGAUCAUUGAUUCUGUUAAUAUGCAAGAACAUCUCCAAUGACUUUGGAAUAAGAUUGGAACUGGGCCGAGAUUCUUCUCCCUAGUUUCUUGUACAGCAUCUGCAUCGCAUCCCUGCAGGUUGUCAUAGAUGUCAAAGGAGUUAGCUGUUCGCAGUAGACCGAACGCUGUGUCCCCGUCAGCUAGAGGACUCCAGCCAAAUUUUUGACCUGAC